UGGCUAAAACCCCCUCAGCUUUACUGAUAGCAAAGGUCAUAUAAAAUAUUACAUGAACUGAAAGGUUUAGGAAACGUCUGAUAGGUGAAGAGACACAUAAACACAUAGGUAGAGAGAAGGAACGGGAGAGAGAGAGCGAGAGAGCAACAACAGGAUAUUUUGUCACUAUGGUUACCAGCAGCAGAUACGGAUCUUGAUUUCUGUAUGUCAUGCUGUUCUCAGUCUGGGCAGUGUGGUUGUGCUGUCAGGACUCAGCCCUCAACAGAGAUCAACUUUGAAGCAGAAGUGUGAUGUGUUCAGGAUCAGGGUGAACUCUGUGAAUCUCCAUAGAAAUAUCUUCAAUCUGCAAGGCUCAAAAAUAUAUCAUGAUGGGUUUCCCCACUGUGACCACGGCUGCCAACCUCUCAUCCUCCAACAACCUCUCCAUCGAGACUUUCUGUGAAACCCUCUACGCCCACCGGGACUAUGCCAGGGUCCUCAUGCCUCUUUUCUAUUCCUUGGUAUUCAUUGUCGGACUUCUUGGUAACUGCCUCGCCCUGCACGUCAUCCGCCCCAAUCUGAAGAAGAUCAACUCCACCACCCUAUACUCUCUCAACUUGGUCAUCUCGGACAUCCUCUUCACCUUGUCACUGCCUUUGAGGAUUGCAUACUACGCUCUGGGCUUCCACUGGCCUCUAGGCGAGGCGCUGUGCAAGAUCUCGGGCCUAGUCUUCUACAUAAACACCUACGCUGGGGUCAAUUUCAUGACCUGUCUCAGCGUGGACCGCUUCAUUGCUGUCGUCCUGCCUCUGCGCUACGCUCGAUUCAGGAAGGUCAGUACUGUGCGAUACAUUUGUGUUGGUGUGUGGAUGCUGGUGCUGGGGCAGACUCUUCCUCUUCUGGGCCGUCCUAUGACCAACGUGGAACAAGAUGGCUUUAUCACUUGUAUGGAAUACCCCAACUUUGAGAAGAUGGACCACAUCGCCCCUAUACUCAUUGGUGCCGUCUUCCUCGGUUACAUCAUCCCUUUGGUGACUAUCCUUGUAUGUUACUCUGUCUUGUGCUCCAAACUCCGCCACACGGCCAAGAAAAACCAUCUCACGGACAAGUCCGGGCGGAGCCGCAAAGCCAUCGGCGUGAUCUGCUGCGUAUCUCUGGUUUUUGUCAUCUGCUACAGUCCCUAUCACAUCGACCUCCUGCAGUACAUGAUCCGCAAGUUGGCAUCCACACCCGACUGCGCUGCCCUCACUGCCUUCCAGGUGUCGCUGCACAUCACCGUGUGCCUGAUGAACCUCAACGCCUGUUUGGAUCCCUUUAUCUACUUCUUUGCAUGUAAAGGUUACAAGAGGAAACUUCUGAAGCUGCUGAAGCUUUCGGCCAGCAUGUCCUUCUCCAGCGCGGUGAGGACAUCACCGGAAGGCUCGUCCAAGGACUUUAUUGAUGGCAACAAGAUCCAACUCACCAGUUCCACAGUAGGUACAACGGAGAGGCUCGGGGAUAGGAGAUCACGCUUGAUGAGUGACUCUGUGAAGAGAACUUGAGAUUGUACAGGAUGAGAGGACCCUUUAUGGGUUGUCCUACUUAAAUCAAGACCGGACAAAUAAUGUAACACACUUGGCAUUGGGGACUUCAUGCAGCUACUCAGCACCUGAAUCUGCAGGAAUUCAGCUGUUCCUGGAUCGGAUUAGUGGACACAAGGGAGGGGUUUAAAAGGACAUCAACAGAAUGACUUCCUGAGCUUACAUUUUCUUAUGGAUACUGGGGACUUUCUCAGGAAAGCAGAGAUUAAUGCACCCAAGGAAUGAAAGCAGUGCUCACUUUCAUGCCCAAAGACUGAUCCCUUCUAAGGUUAGAGAAUUCAGGAAGUGAAAAAAGACAUUGAUGGAACAUCUAUUGAAAGUAACAUCCUAAUGUCUGAAACUGAACAAUGAACUCACAUCAGAUCCCAUCCUUGCUGCGCAAACGUUUAGCUUUGAAGACUUAGAACAUGUUGGAAAGGGCCAGUAAAAUGAGACACCAAUCCAAACUCUUUUGAAAGCAUCAACUGAAUAUUUGUGUGUAAAGUAAUGACCUCACAUCCUCACAACUCUUCAACUGUGAACUGAGAUAGUAGUAGAAGUAGCAGACAUGAGUUAGAUACCAAUGGAGCCAUGCUCACCAUCUUACCUCUUGUUUCAGUCCAGCACACAAAUCUGAUAACUCAGGAAACAACGGAUUACUGUAACUGUACUUUCAUUAUUUCAGUUACCUUUAAGUACUGGUUGGAAACGCAACACACAUUGUUUACUGAAACAUGCCUCUCAUUAGAACAAAAGUUAGUUGUACAUUCAGUGUUUUUUUUACUGUAGUGCAUUGUCUGUCUUUGAGCUUUAACAAACCUGCUAGAAAGGAAAACACUUGAACAGUGGGAUUGUAUUUAAAAUAUAGUAUUUUGUACAUUCAUGUUUAUCAUCUUUGUUUUGUAUUGCAGCAUAUGAUUGCAUUCUGUCACUCCUAUCAAGCAGUAAAAUAGUAUGACACCUUAGCUCCAAUUGUGUACUGCAUCACCUACUUGCAAACAGGAGAUAAGAAAAACCUCCUCAUUGAACACAGGCUCCAUAGUGAGCCACGACUAAAGUCUGAUAAAACUCCACAAUUGAAAUGUAUUGUAAUCACUGGUAGAAUAAGUUGUUUUCAAAAAGAUACAUGCUUACUUAGUUACGGUUUUAAUCAUGAACACUUGAAAGAGAAUCAUGCUAAUAACAUCCGGUGUCAUUUGCCUUAAUUUCUAGUGAAUUGGCUUUGUGACAGUCCCAGCUAUGUUGUGUGUAUUGUGUACAAUUUGUCUUAAUGUUGGGGGUUUGUAAUUGGGAUUCUAUGUGAUAUGUAGACAGCAAUAGAAAAUAUACCAGGCACAUAAAAAAUUCAAAAUGCCAGGAAGCCCUCAUUGUUUAAUAAAUAAUUUCCAGAAAAAAGUG